AUGCCGCGGAAAUCUGCCUCUACUGCAGCUGAACAAGAUCCGUCGCCUCAGGUGCAGGUACAGGCUCCGGCUCAGACAGAGAUGCAGUCGCAGUCGCAGUCGCAGUCACAGUCUCAGUCGCAAAAUAUCCAAGCAACAGAGCAGCAGCUGAAAGCUCGUGCGGAGGGUGUGAGCAUCGAGGACUAUCUCCUCCCCCGCUCUCUCACCCUCCGGCUAGCGAAAUCCGUCCUCCCCCCGAACACAUCGAUACAGAAAGACGCGGUGCUGGCGAUUCAAAAGGCUGCGACGGUAUUUGUGUCGUAUUUAUCGUCUCAUGCUAACGAAGCAACCCUUAAACGAACCGUCGCGCCGUCAGAUGUUCUGGAUGCGCUUUCCGAGUUGGAAAUGGAGGGUUUUCGGCCGCGAUUGGAGAAGGAGUUGGAUGUGUUCAUGGAGUUGAAGGCCGGGAAGAGGAGGGGGAAGAAAGAUGCCUCUGGGACUGGGACUGGGACUGGGACUGGAGAUGGGGUAGAGGGGAAGAGGGAGGAGCAGGGACGCGUUGUGAAGAGGGUCAAAACUGGUGGUGAGACGGAAAGUGUCCCGGCGGAUGGAGAUGAUGGGGACGAGACGCAGGAUGAGCCACUGGAGGAAGGAGAGAAGGUGGAUGAGAAUGAGACGGAGGUAGAAGAGGAGGAGGACGAUGAGGAAGGGGAUGAAGAGGACGAGGAUGGUGAGGAGGAUGGUGAUCGCGUAGAGGAUUUGGAUCGUGACGACAGGGUGAAACGUACGAUGGAUCCGGAUGCCGCGGGCGAUGAAACAGAAAGUGAUGAUGACGCUGGACCGGGAUCGCAGUUGAGAGGGGAUUUGGGUCUAUCUUAA